UGUGAUGUAAAAAUAGCAAAGAGGGAAACCUGCUCAGCACAGAGCACACACACACGCACACAGUAAAUGUGAAGUAAACACAGUGAGAGGCAGGGAUUUAUGUCUUUAUUGUGAAGUUUAAAAGAAGGCGUGUUCCUGGAUACAGCAGGAGGUGUGAACAGGUGAUGAGAUGUUGUCCAAAAAACAGGAGCGGACGUUUGGCAACGGGCGACUGAGAGAUCAGUGGGAGAAGAGAGCGCAGAGUGAGGCGGAUCAGUGCAAGCAAGAGGCCGAAUUUAAAAAGAAGAGCUCCCUCAAACUACUCUUCUCAAAGUGGAAUUAUCACCUGACGACUUAUACCAAUGGAGACCAGGUGUCUGACUUCAGGAGAGUCACUAGCGGUGAAGAUGAAGCGGACAAAAACAAGCCAAAGAUUAAAUUCAAAGUUGUCCCUCCUCCUCCCAAACCCAAACCCGAGCCUCCUCCGCCUCCACCUCCUUCCAGGAGGAGAUCUUCUCCCAGACCUCACCGGCAAAAACGGAAAGUUGAGGUGGACGUGUUCCGACUGUGCUGGAAAGAUUCCUGGAUGAGCACGAAACCUCCAAAGUAUCUUUUCCUCAAGGCCAAAGAGCUCAAGGCCAGAAUUUUAGAAUUCACAACCAUAGAGAUAAGAAACAGGAGGACGUACAAACCGAAGCUGGACAGAUCUGAGGAUGAGGUGACACCUGCUGCUGAGGCCUGGAAACGCUCGUGGAAACAGGUGAAGAGUCCAGCGCAGUCGGAGUUUUCUGAGCUGAAACAAAAAUUUGAGUGGGAGAUUUUGUUUGAAAGAGAGUUACUUUGCGAACCUGAAGUAGAGAAGUAUUCUCUCCCUGUGUGGGCUGGUACAUGGAAGAUAAUGAACUUUGUCUUCAGACAGCAGAAGCAGAGCUGGGACUGUGUCUGGCCCGAGUUCCAACAGAGCCUCAGCAACACGUCUGACAAACUGCAGGAGCUGGAGGACGAGGAUGAGCUGACAGACUGGGAUGAGUCCUGGAAACUGUCUGGAGCCGAUUUUCAAGCAAAAGACGGCGAGACACUGAGCUCCAUCUCCACAGUGGAGGCGGGGAUUGUAGAUUUCUGUCAGCCCGGGUGGAGCAACUCCUGGCUGCUCUCUGCUGCUCCUCCUGAUGAAGAGGAAGAGCGACAGAAGAGCUGGACUUCCUGCUGGAGAUUCAGGCAGCAGAUCAGGUGGCGCCGUGGUUCACUCCAGUCGCAUCAUCACCACAGCGACACGAUGAUGAGGAGACGCCGGACCGUGAAUGUCCUCCUCAGUUCACCGCUGGACGAUGACGUGAUGGACAGCGUGGUGUGGACAAAGGCCUGGAAGACUCCUAAAGAACUGAGCCAACCAGAGGAGGGGGAGGAGUUCCACAAACUCCACGCCUCCUUCUCCUCCUGGAGCAGGUCAUGGAUGGUGGCAGUGGCUCACAGGGGAGGAGAUCUGAGUGAUUCGGAGGAGCCGGAGGGGGAGGAGCAGGCCGAGUGGUGGUGGGCGUGGAAAGAGUCGUGGAAGAUCUGUCGCUGGAAGAAGCCGGAAGAGGACGAUGUGACGUGUUUCUCUGCUGAGCACCUGAGUCAGAGACACGCGGGGCUGAUGCGUGAAGACGACGGCUGUGAAGGCGAGGGUUGUCGUGGACGACAGUCUGCUCUUUCCUCUUCUUCUGUGGUGAAAUCUAAGUCCUCUCAGGACUUCCUGGGUCAGUUGGCUCAGGUCAACUCCCCGAAUCCUGGGGAGCGUAAACACCGCGACGCCGGCGGCGUCCUGCCCUUCAUCGGCCUCACGGGCAGUUCUGAACAGAGUCGCAGCUGCUGUAAAAAUGGAGGCACGUGUAUCCUGGGCAGUUUCUGCGCCUGCCCGCCGUUCUUCAGCGGACGCAGCUGCGAGUACAACCAGCACGUCAGGAACUGCGGUUCGAUUCCUCACGGCGUGUGGGUCAGGAAAGGCUGCUCUUACUGCCGCUGUGGUUACGGCGUCCUGCACUGUUUCCCCAACGUCUUCCACAAAGACUGUGAUGAGUCCGAGGACGUGACGUGGUCUCACUCGUCAGCCGUGAGGACAGUUCUGAACACGUGUGUCCUGUGUGGGACGCUGCUGCUUCUUCUCGUCCUCUGACCGUUACAUUUAUAUAUGUGUAUAUAUAUAUAUGUAUAUAUGUAUUGAACCACUGAGCUCAGGACUGAAGACGAGCGUCGCUGUGGUUCAUCCGUCACUCAACUGUAAAAGAUAUUUAUUGGAGGAGAGAUUUGGCCGGAGAACCGGAGACAAUGGGACUUCCUGGAUUUUAAAGAAACACAAAGACAUCAUGUACAAAACUAUGAAAUGAGGCUUCGUCAACUCAUGUGACUGAAGAAAAACCCAAGACAUUUGUGUAAAAACAAUCUGGAAAAAGCUCCGAGGAUUAUAUGACUUUAUGAUAAUCCAGCACUGAAAAAUAACAGUAACAUUUAAAAUAAAAAACAAAAUCAACCAAAACUCAGCAUUAAUCAGUAGUUUAACAGUGAAGUUUGUGUGUGUGUGUUAAAAGACUGCCCUCUAGUGGACGGUCAUGUGCAUGUCUGUGGUGUAGUAGAAGUUGUACAUAAGAUUUUUAUGAGUUUUUCUCUUUUUUUAAGUGUUUUUCAGAAGAUGUCAGCUGACUUUUUCCCUCUCUUUGUAAAAGAAGUCGCAGAGUUUUGGCGAAACUUCUGCGUCUUCUGUGUCGUUUUGCACAAACGGAGCUGACCUUUGACCUUUUGUCUCUUAAAUGAACGCUGUAUAAACAUGUGUGAGUGACGCGUUUAUUAAAGACUCAUG